CGAACAGACCAUUACAAAAUAAAUACUUGGACAAUGGAAAAUAAAAAGUAAAACAAUGUAUAUUGUGCUUGACGUGGACGCCAAUGAUCUGCACCGUUUCCUUUCGUCAAACAGGAAAGGGUCGUUUCUAAUACCAACGUCAAACUGUAUCCAGGCAAGUACGGAACAUUUCGCGGAGAGAUUCAGAAAUCAUGCAGUCACACAAGCAGGCGUCCACAGACGGAGAGACGGAGGAAGAUGAGCAUUCAGUUUCCACUCUUUCCCGCCAAAACACCAACACCACAUUACCAAGUUUGACGGGCACCGCGCGUCUGAAGAAACUGACACGGAACAUAUUAAAGACACGAAUAGAUUCAUCUACCAUCAGCGAAAAAGAAAUCAUUCCAGAAGUGGUCCUUGACAAAAAGUAUGAACCCACCUACCGGAUGGAACCAAACAAACGGUUCAGUCCGGCACGAACUAAAGUCCUGAUCAAGGCUGUACUGUCAACUCUCUUGGAAAAUUACGAUUACAGUGCCAAUUCGUCUCCUACCCCCGCAGAGAUGACUAUGAAGCUUCCAGAGUUGAUCAUAAAACAAGUGAGGAGUCUGGACUUUGAGCGUUACAAGCUCGUCUGUUUGGUUUCCAUGGGCAGCGUGGAUGACAGCAGUGUCAGCGUCACCAGUAGAUGUUUGUGGGACACGAAUUUGGACACGUGUGUUACGUACACACACACGGACAAAACCUAUUACUGCACCGUCACGCUGUACGGACUCUACCACGAAUGAAAGUUUUCUUUGGCGAACACGGGAUACCAGGGCCGUAAAUUACAUGGAGGCGGAGGAGGCAGCUGCCUCCUCCAACUUUUGAGCCAAAAAAAAUUAAAAUUUAAAGUUCAUUAGAAUUUAUGUUGUUUCCAAUAACUAAGAACAUGAUACCUCCCUUAAAAAGCAUUCCAAAUCUUUCUUUUAGAAUGAGUUAGUCAAGUAACAUCUUAGAAGGCCCUAGAAUCAAGGAUUUUGCACGAAACGUGUUCAGUGUGCACAAAAUGUGCCCAGACCCCCGCCUAAUUUCCUGCCUCCUCCAAAUUGAAGGUUAAUUUACGGCCCUGGAUACGUUGUAAUAUUGCAUAGAGACUGACAACCAUUUUCAAAGGAAGAAUUUUAAACAUUACUUCAUUUUGGCAAAGCUGUCUUAUAACAUUUUGAAAAUAAGAAUGAAGAGAAAUAAUUGCUAACGUAAUGAGUGUUCAGAAUGAAAUACAUGUGGGCGGUCAGACGGGUGCUUGAUAACCUAAAGAUUCAGGGGUCCCAGGUUCAAAUCCUCAAAAUGAUAAAUUGAGAAUAGACUUAAGUUAACAUCUUGAUUACUUAUAUCUUAAAAUAUAUAUAACACAGAUAUUUAUAAAAAAAACUGGUGUUUAUUUUUUUUUUAAUAUAAACAUAUCCCCCCUUAUUUUGGCUGCUUAUGGGAUUAUUUCAAACAGUAGUUGGAUUCGUUUAGACUUAAGUAUAUUCUCAGUUUAUGGUCUUGAGACCUGCUCUGGUCUGUUGAAUGUUCCCCUUCCUGUUACACGUGUAAUAACUAUCGUAGGAAUAAAAGUUGUUUGUCUAUUCCAGCUACUACAUUUGAGGUCAUUUCAAAAAUCAGUACUUUUAUACAUAUAUGUACAACUCUACAUUUCGAUUACUGAGAGCUGGGUGUUUUGAUCUUGGAAUAAUUGUGCCAGUCCUUACUAGAUAAUUAGAUAUGCAGAAUUACCCACUUCAACAACGUAAUUUUACCGUGAACCCUGUUUGAUUUUAUUGAAAUAUUUUUUUUUUUUGGAAAUAUGCAAUAAACAUUUUAACAUGUC